GAACUAUUCGAUUAGGAAGUAAACAUUUGCGUCUCACUUGUUUGGCCAGAUUCGAGGUCGCAAGGCUUCAUCGGGCGAUAUCGUCUGGUGCAAGAACCCGCGGUCCAAACUCAAGGCAGGCGCAGCAGGGCCUGGGGUUGGUGGUUGUCUGCCAAAGUCCGUGAUGGCAGUCAGACCCGCCAUUGCUACACGCUUUACGGUCACUCUCACACAUCUGUCAAGAAUAAUGCCCCCAUGAAACUGCUGCCACAGUUGUCGCAGUGCACGAUCCAGCGCCUCUCUCCCUCAACGACGAACUGACGGUUUUCACCGUGUGACUUUGGCGCAAGAUUGUACAGCUACGCGCGUUGCAGCCUAGUCCACCAUUGCACACCUUGAGCAGGAACAAUGUGGCUCCUUGAUACCGAAACCAUCACUCUCUCGCAACAACCUGACGAUGAUGAUGAUGUGGAAUAUGCCAUUCUCUCCCAUCGCUGGGGGAAUGACGACGAAGAAGUGAGCUUCAGCGAUAUACAAAACCCCGACGUUGUGUGCCGGAAAUUAGGGUAUGAGAAAAUAAGGAAGUGCUGCGCACAAGCACGAAAUCACGGAUUCAAGUAUGCGUGGGUGGACACAUGCUGCAUUGACAAGAGCAGCAGCGCUGAGUUGCAGGAGGCCAUCAACAGCAUGUACCGAUGGUAUGAGCGAGCUAAGGUGUGCUAUGCGUAUCUCCAGGAUGUUCCGUCUGUUGAGGUUUCACAAUCUGAGUGGUUUACCCGGGGUUGGACACUGCAAGAGCUCCUCGCACCAAGAAUUGUUCUUUUUUUCGACCAGAGCUGGAACUAUCUGGGCGACCAAGACGAUCUUCUCAAGUCGAUUCAUAAGGCCACCAAAAUACGCCACGAUGUACUUCAGAAACGCACAAACAUCCACGUUUGCUGUAUAGCAGAGCGAAUGUCUUGGGCUGCCAUGAGAAGAACAAAACGUAUUGAGGACAGGGCUUAUAGCCUCUUCGGUAUCUUCCAAGUGCAUCUGCCCAUGCUAUACGGUGAAAGAGAAGCUGCCUUCCAGAGGCUCCAACGGGAGAUCUUGAAAACCUCCGAGGACGACACAUUGUUUGCCUGGACUGGCGUAUCCAGGCGUUAUGGUGGGCUACUGGCACCCAACUUGGAGGCAUUUCGGCAUGGUGCUCUGCUCGACACAUCUCCGGAUAAGCCAUCUUUGGAAUUAUCUGGGUUGGACGCUACUGAACGUAGCAUUGGCAUCACCGCCCCGCUGAUACCCUGGAGCAACAACCUCUAUCUCAUGCUUCUCGGAUGCAUAAGAGGGAACAGGAAAAGGAGCUUUGGAAACAAAGGUGUUGGAAUUUAUCUUCGCGCGUUGGACGGGGAGAACAACUUUGCAAGAGUUCGACUAUCUGGUGAAGACUUGGCAUACCUAAACGACCAGGAGUCGUCCUCUACUUUACAAUCGCUAGCCAAGCAGGAACUCCUAACACCUUACAGGCGAAACCCGCGAAGGACAUGGAUGGUGAAUCGAACCAUUUCAAUACGCCAACUACCUUUGUUGUCAAAACAUCAACACUGGUUGGAUGAAUGGAUAUAUGGGUUCUGCGUUGAGAUUCCCGCUGCAAAGUUUCUACCAUAUCCCGUGACACUCUCAAAAUAUACGCCACUGGUAUCCUCUCUCAACAACCCUCCAGAGACCUCCCACACAAAGUGGGACGCAGAAGAUCAGAUAAUGUGGGCAGUGCACGGAGCGUUUUAUAACAGAGGCAUCAUUGGGGCUUUGGAGUAUCCACGAGAUCCAGGUACUGGCGAGAAACUCUCUGCAAUCCGAGACAUCCACUUCGGCUUUGAUCAUCUGUUCAAUCCCACGCUUUACAUCCGCAAGGGUCCCGGCUUUCCGGCCAAGUACAAUAUUGAUUCCUUCUUCGCUUGGAUAGACAAGGGUAGGGACCAUCCAAUCGAGCUCCACGGAGGUGCGAAUGGCAGUGAAGAAGCGGACUUUUGGAACGAGAUACGUAAUAACGAAGUCGUCGACCGUGUCGAUCGGGACUUCUGGGCGAUCAAAGGGGACCGGAAAGCACGCAUCCAGACGUACAGGCUCCCGAUUCCUCGUCGCGACCUGCACAUCGUCCUGCGAAUGUACCACGUAUGGAAUCUUUCCUUGGUAGAAGAAAAACUCAUCGCAACUGCAGACUAG